AUGUCCCGACACCAAGCUGUGUCGCAACUUCAUUUCUUUGCUUCAACUUUUGAUACCCUGUUCAACGACCCCGAAACUUCCAUCUCCAGCCUCACAUCCAUCUCCGAACAGGAGCUUGACGAAAUCUGGAACUGGAAUACGCCGAUGCACCCAGACAUCCAGACUUGCCAUCACGACAUGGUGUCUAAACAAGCCGAACUGAAUCCAAACAAGAUUGCGAUCGAUGCUUGGGACGGCCAGUUGACCUACCGCCAAAUCGACGACUACUCCACCAACCUUGCCCAGACCCUGCGCUUGCUAGACGACUCCCCAGAUCAAAUCAUUCCCUGUCUCUUCGAGAAGUCACGCUGGACUACGGUCGCUGUGCUAGCUAUCAUGAAGGCUGGCGCAUGUUUCGCGUUGCUCGAUCCCGCACAACCCGAAGGUCGACUUCGGACCAUCGUGCAACAGGUUAACGCAAAACUGUUCAUCUCAUCUAAGACUCAAUCGUCGCUCGCAGCCCGUAUUGCACCAUCAGCGACGAUCAUACCCAUCUCGGAAUCGAAGUUUGAUAAGGUCUAUAGUCCGUUUGCAGAACAACAGCCCAAGACCACUCUUCCGCCUGUGUCACCGUCAGCAAAUAUGUAUAUUCAGUUCACAAGUGGAAGUACAGGAUUGCCCAAAGGAUGUCUCAUCUCCCACAGUCAGUAUACCUCUGGUGCCAUCCCAAGAGCACAUGCUGUAGGCUAUCGAUCUCAUUCUCGCGUGCUUGACUUUGCAAGUUACGCGUUCGAUGUUUGUAUCGAUUCCAUGCUCUGCACACUCGCACAUGGAGGAACACUAUGCACUCCAUCAGAAGACCGUCGAAUGAACGAUAUGAGUGGUGCCAUGCGCGACAUGCGUGUCACCUUUGCUGGAAUGACACCAUCAGUUGCGCGAACACUAGACGUCGAUAUCCUUACUCAGCUAGACUCCAUCGCUCUAGGUGGUGAGGGUGUUUCUGCGAGCGAUGCAGCCUCUUGGGGUCAGAAAACCAAGGUAGUCAACGCCUACGGACCAUCUGAAGCGACUGUUGGCGCGACCAUCAACUCCGAUGUGGGUGCUAAGCCAUAUAUUACCAUGGGUAAAGGCAAAGGUUGUGCCAUCUGGCUUACAAAUCCCGAAAACCACAAUGAAUUGGUACCCAUUGGAGCUGUCGGAGAGCUUCUCAUCGAAGGACCAAUUGUCGGUAAUGGAUACCUCAACAACCCUGCAAAGACCAAGGAAGUAUUCAUCGAGGACCCAGAGUUUCUGCUCAAGGGAAGCAAGAAGUUCCCCGGUCGACGAGGACGCAUUUACAAGAGUGGUGACCUCGUGCGGUAUGACCCAGACGGUAACGGUGAAGUCAUUUUCGUCGGACGUCAAGAUCAGCAGGUCAAGCUUCGUGGUCAACGUAUAGAACUCGCUGAGAUUGAGUACAAUAUGCAAAAGCACCUUCCGGCUGAUACUCAGCUCGCUGCCGAAGUCAUCAAGCCUGGCGGUAUCGGAGAGCAGACUCUUGUCGCGUUCCUAGUUGAGCAGAAGAAGAGUGGUAUGCGCCAUUUGGACGGUCAAACCUUUGGCAGCUUCUCCAACAAGCUUCAAGCUGCUUUGCAAGAGAUGACCAAGCAGCUACAUAUCGACUUACCAGGAUACAUGGUACCAAGUGCGUAUAUUCCACUUUACAGGAUGCCGCUUCUUGUCUCGUGCAAGACCGAUAGGAAGAGGCUCCGUGAAAUCGGCAACUCAGUCACCCGUCAGGAUCUGAGAAGGUUCAACUCGGCGAUAACAGAGAAGAAGGAACCCACUACGGGGAUGGAGAUCAAACUUGGUCAAUUAUGGGCAAAGCUUCUAGGUGGCGACGCCGACUUCAGUGCCAACGAUAACUUCUUCAGCAUGGGAGGUGACUCGCUCAGGGCAAUGAGACUGGUCGCUGCUGCGCGAGAUGAGGGCGUUGUACUGACUGUGCCGGACAUUAUGCUCAACCCCACACUCUCGGCCAUGGCUGCCAAAGCAAAACCGCUAUCCGACGAGGAAACGGAUGAGGUCGAAGCGUUUUCGCUUAUUAGCAAGGACUGGGAUGCAGAGAAAGCAAAGACAGAAACUGCUGCACUUUGCGGUGUCCAGGUUGAGAACGUCGAGGACAUCUACCCAUGCACACCUCUCCAAGAGGGUCUCAUGGCUCUCUCUGCGAAGUUUCAAGAUGCAUAUGUUGCACAACGUGUCGCAACACUUCCAGUUCAAGUAGCAGAGCGUCUGAAGAAGGCCUUUGAUACGGCUGUCGAAGGACUACCCGUUCUCCGGACACGCAUUGUCAAUGUACCAGGACGAGGUCUCUUUCAAGUUGUACUCAAAGAUGGACAGCUUGUACGUGAGCAUGGGAGCGAUGCUGCAGAGUUCUUGCGAAUUGAUCGCGAAGAGCCCAUGGAUCUUGGCACCGCUCUCUUCCGAUACGGACUCGCAAGAGAAAAAAGAAGUGAGCAAGCACACUUCAUCAUCACAAUGCACCACGCCGUGUACGAUGGGUGGUCGAUGCCGCUCGUCUUUGACCGCGUCAACCGCGCCUUUAGUGGCUUGGAGACCAACCGGCCAGCAUCGUUCAGACAUUUCAUCAAGUACCUUACCCGACUUGAUCCUGCGGAGGCCAAAGACUAUUGGAGAGAAAGACUUCACGGUGCCAGCCCUCAUCAAUUCCCUCCACUGCCUCACAAGGGUUACGUAACCCAGGCCAAUUCAUUGCUCGAGCACUAUGUCAAUGUUCCUACCUCUGCGCACUCAAAGUUGACAUUGGCCACUAUCAUCCGUGGUGCAUGGGCUCUUGUCUCAUCCUUAUAUAUGGGCCAUCCCGAUAUCAUAUUCGGUGAGACUCUCACCGGACGCUCCGCACCCGUUCACGGCAUCGAGCAAAUCGAAGGGCCAAUGAUCACGACCAUCCCUGUCCGUGUCCGUCUCAACCUCGACCGUCCCAUCUCAGAGUUCCUACACACUGUACAUGGGCAGACUGUAAAGCAAAUUCCCCAUGAACACUUGGGGCUGCAGAAUAUCCGUCGCUUGAGUAAAGACGCACGUGCAGCAUGCGAUUUGCGUACGGGUCUAGUCCUUCAUCCUAAGGAGGAUGAGGAUUGGGGCCAAGUCGACAUGGAGAAUACCCCAUCCAACACUUUCCUUCCCGCUGAUGACGCCGAGGCUGCACGUGAGGCACUCAAGUUCAACACGUACGCUCUUAUGCUUGUAUGCACGCUUGAUGAGAACGGCUUCUUGGUCAUGGCAAGUUUCGACUCAAAUUGCAUCAGCAAGACGGCUAUGGAAAGAGUCCUGGUUGUGCUCAACCGUAUUGUUACGGCGUUUUUGGGUAACCCGGAGAGUAAGCUGGGUGAUGUAGCAGUACUGGACCCCGAAGAAGAGCAUGAUGCGCAAGAGUUUAGGCCUAGAGACGCUAUGAUGGAUAGUGCUUUGGGCUUGUCGCCUGUCGACAGUCCCACACAGGAGAACGCGCCUGCAAACGCCUUGUCGCCCAACGGUGAGAAGCUUCGAGUUCUACUGGCUCGUAUCCUCGGCAUGCCUGAGACAGAGAUCAGCCCCAGUGAUAGCUUCUUUGAACUUGGAGGGGAUUCAAUUGGUGCUAUGCGACUUGUAGCGGACGCGCGUGCACAAGGUCUGAGCCUGACGGUGGCACAAGUGUUCCAAAGUCGAUCUUUGGCUGAGCUUGCUUCUGGCAUCUGUAACGAGAAGGAAGACAAGCUUCUUGAUCUGCUCAGUCGCAUUCUUGGUAUGCCAAAGAAUGAGCUCAGUGGUAGCGAUAGCUUCUUCGAACUUGGUGGAGACUCCAUCGGCGCUAUGCGACUUGUGUCCGAUGCUCGCGCUCAAGGCCUGAACAUCACUGUUGCGCAGGUGUUCCAAAGCCAGUCCUUGUCCGAGCUAGCUUCAUCUGCCCAGGACGUAGCAUCGUCGCAGCCCGAGACCAAUGUUGACGCCCCCUUUGCUGCUCUUGGCAAAGAUGCCUCACUCUAUAGUGCUGAUCGCAUUUGCGCCUAUCUCGAGAACCCAGAGUGGAACAUCGUAGACAUAUACCCUGCUAGACCGCUGCAACAGCUCGCAGUAGAGGGUACAGUUGAUCUUCCAAGGUACUCGCUGAGAUACGAACUGAUCAAGUUCGCCUCACCGAUUGAUCAUCAGAAGCUUAGGGGAGCUUGUCAGAAGCUCGUUGCUCACAAUGAAGUGUUGCGCACUGUGUUCGUCCUGGACGAUGGCAAGCUGCUCGGUGUGGUCUUGUCGUCUCUCGAAGUACCUUACAGCGAGGUCAUCGUCCCCGAGGGAGAGGAUAUGGAUGCUUUUGCCAAGGCGAGAAUACAGGAAGACAUUGAAGCACCGAAGCCACAUGGUUCUUCAUUUGUUGCAUUCACACUAUUCACCAGUCCUUCCACUGGUGCAUCAACACUUGCCUUCCGAAUCUCACACGCCCAGUACGACGAGAUGUGUCUGCCGAUCCUCUUCCAGCAACUCUCCGCACUCUAUGCAGGCACAGAAGUCCCCGAGACACUGCCAUUCACAAAGCAUGUCAACCAUGUGGUGCUUGACAACAUCCCCAAGGCGAUGCCAUACUGGAAACAACUCCUCUCAGGCUCGCAAAUGAGCGUACUCAAGCCAGACGUUCCGCUCACAGAACGCAGAAUGGCGGAUAGAUACCUCGAGUUUGACAUUUCGUCUCGCCCAUCAAGCAUCACAAUCGGUUCCUUGCCAACCGCCGCAUGGGCACUUGUCCUCUCCAAGCGCCUCGAUGUACGUGAUGUCGUCUUUGGUGAGGUCGUCAGCGGCCGCAAUCUGGGUGCGCAAUCUGCCGACCGCAUCUUUGGUCCAACAUGGCAGUACAUUCCGUUCCGCGUGCCCUUUAACACCACCUGGACCCACCUGGACCUCUUGAACUUUGUUCAGAAGCAACACAUGGAGUCUGCAGCGUACGAAAGCAUGGGCUUCUCUGAGAUUGUGGAGAACUGCACAGACUGGGACAGCAAGGCUGUGCCCUGGUUUGACACCGUCGUUCACCAGGCUCCCGCGUGGGUCGAGGAGAUGCCGUUUGGCAACGGUGUUGAUGCCAAGUUUGAGACGCUAUAUCCACAUGUCGAGCCGCUGCGCGAAUGGAAGUGUCAGGCGUUUGUCAAGGAGGGUGGUAAGAAGUUGGGUAUUGAAAUUGUGACGUAUGAGUCUUGGAUUGGUGAGGCCGAGCUUGUACUGAAGGAGGUUGGUGAGGCACUGGGUCAACUCAUGAAGGGCAAUGCGGAGAGGCGAAUCUUCAACGACGAUGCUGUAAGCGAGGGGGUUACGCAGACCUUGGAAGACUUUGAGGGUGUGAUGUGA